GGGUUUUCGGGCACGGCCAUGGCCCGGAGGAGCAGCCGCGGCCCGGCGGAGCCGCCCGAUGCCCCCGUUCCAGUGGUGCCACGGGUGCCCCUGCAGCCCGGGGCUGGUUUAUGGCGGUGAACCCUGCAGGAUGCCGCCCAUCCCCUUCCAGGACCUGCCCCUCAACCUCUACAUGGCCAUUUUCGGCACCGGCAUCUUCAUCUUCGUGCUCUGCCUCAUCUUCUGCUGCUGCUUCAUCGGCAAGCUGCGGCAGCAGGCGCAGAGCGAGCGCUUCGGGUACAAGGAGGUCGUUCUGAAAGGGGACGCCCGCCGGCUGAACGUGCACGGGCAGACCUGCGCCGUCUGCCUGGAGGAUUUUCGGCUGAAGGAGGAGCUGGGGGUGCUGCCGUGCCAGCACGCCUUCCACAGAAAAUGCCUGCUGGAGUGGCUGGAGGUUCGCUGCGUGUGCCCCAUGUGCAACGAGCCCCGCAAACAGCCCCGCGCCGGCAUCGGGACCCUCCUGGACGAGCUGGUGUGAGGCAGCCCCGCGGCCGGAUCGCAUCCCGCGGGAUCCGGCGGGAUCCGGCGGGAUCCACCCCGCCUGCCCGCGGUCCCUCUGCGGGGAGCCGGAGGUUCCCGGUUGGGAUUUUCGCCGCGGCUCGGUUUGGGGUUUGUCCUCGUCCGGGUUGUGCUCCCCGCGGAAUUCCCGGCGGGAAGCUGAGCCCCGGGCUGCGGGUCGGAGUCCUCUUCACCCCCUUUGCUGCACGGAGUUGUUUUCGUAUCCCCCGAGCCCCUCGGGAUCCCCGCAGGGCAGAGGGAUUGUCUCGGGGCUUCUGCUGCUCACAGUGACCCCCAGAUGUGUCACAAAAUCUCUUUUCCCAGCCCGGUGGUGGAAGAAGGAGUCAGGGCCCUCCUAUUCUCGUUCUCAAGGUUGUUUAUUGUUUCUUAUCUAUAAAAUUCUUUCUCUGGCCUGCCGAGGUCUGUUCAGCAGGACAGACAGAGGCAUUCUGCCUGCCUAAAUAUUGUAAACUACCUGUACAAUAUUUACAAUAACUUCCCGAUGCCCAUCACCUCUGUUAGACACUUGAGAUCUUUCUCUAAACCCAUCCAGAAGUGCCACCACCACCCAGAAGAAGAAGGAGAAAGGCUGGACACGGCCAGAUUCCUCCAUCUUGCCCCCUGAGCCCCCAGUCUAAAAACCCCAAAAAUCUAUUUUUCACCCCAUGAUAAAUUCACUGUCAUUCUACUCAAACUGUCAGGGCUUGCAGAUCCUCAGAUAAGGUUGGUAAUUUUUUCCAUGGGUCACAAUCAAAGUCCCAGGGGUCUGGGGCUCUGUGCCAGGGUCUCUGAGCCCCCUGGCAGGGCUUUGGGCAGUCCAGGACAGCCAGAGGGAUCUCCUGAAUUCCUGAAUUCUGUACAUUUUGUGUCAAAAAAAUUAUUAAAUGGAUGAUUUUUAA